AUGGUUCAGAAGUCGGUCCUUAUUACCGGUUGCAGUGAAGGCGGGAUUGGUGACGCUCUGGCAAAAACCUUCCACAGGAAGGGCUUCCGAGUUUUUGCCAGCGCUCGGAAUACCGCGAAAAUCCAACAUCUCAAGGAUAUGGGUCUCGACAUUGUAGAACUGGAUGUCACGAGCGAAGAGUCAAUCAAGCAAGCAGCGUUGGCUGUGAAGGCCGCGACGGAUGGACAUUUGGAUAUCCUGGUCAACAACUCCGGCACAGGUUACAUUAUGCCUUUAUUGGAUUCAGAUCUGUCCGUCGCCAAAAAGAUGUUUGAUGUUAAUGUCUUUGCUAUUGUCGCCGUUACUCAGGAGUUUGCGCCGCUUUUGAUCGCCUCGAAAGGCACGAUUGUCAACAUUGGAUCAGUCCUUGGUAAAAUGCCUUUACCAUGGCAAGGAUACUACAAUGCAAGCAAAGCGGCAGUUGCUAUGCUGACUGAUCAAAUGCGUAUUGAGUUCUCUCCUUGGGAAGUUCGCGCAAUUCUCGUCAACACUGGUGCAAUCAAGACCAAGCUAUUCCAAAACCUUCCAAGUGCACCGCAUCUACCCGAGAACUCUCUGUAUUACGCUGCAAAGGAUGUGAUUGAGCCAGCAUUGGCUGGUACUGAGGUGGAGAAGAAUGCCACAGAUGUCAAUUCCUAUGCCGAGGUCGUUGUCAACAACGCAAUCCGAUCGAGCCCUAAGAAGCAUCUUUGGUCAGGAGGCGGGUCAUUCAUGACUUGGCUCGUUUCAACAUUUGGCUGGUCGACUAUAUGGGAUACGUUGCUCCCUUCCGUCGUCCACAUGCCAGAUAUUACGAAUAAGAUUCGUUCUGCAGAGAAGGUUGAAAAGGUUCGCCGUAAAACAAAAUAA